AUGGUAUUUUGUUUAGUUGCUGUGACCGCUUCGAUCACUUUUAUGACCGAGUUUGCAAGCAACGUUUCGACUGGAAGUGUGUUUAUCCCAAUUGUGUUGACGAUUGCCGAAUCUAUCCAUGUUCAUCCACUUACUCUAUCGUUACCGGUGACCGUUGCUUGCUCGUUUGCUUUCAUGUUACCGAUGGCUACACCUCCAAACGCCAUAGUGUUUGAUACAAAGCUUGUCGGAAUGCUGGAGAUGGUCAGUCAGUAAGA